UCUCAACUCCCAUUUUCCAUUUUCAUCUGUUCUUCACUUCAAUUCUCGAUUUUUACCAUCUGGGAUUCCAAGAUUCUUGCUUCUUCCUAAAAUUUCUCAAAACCCAUUUCUCAAUUCUCAGAUCAAACCCCUAAAUUUCUGCGCUUUUGAGCUCAAUUGGGUCGUUUAGUGUCCCCUGAGUUUCCAUUGGUGAUCAGUCAAAAAGCUUCACUUUUGUGUGUUUAAUAGUUGUUUGAGUUCUUCACCAAAUUUGAGGGAUUUCCUUUUUUGGAUGUGAGAAGAAAAAAUGCGAACAGAUUAUCAAGGCUCUUCGUCUCCAAAUUUCACAAGUUUUGGUCGUUCAAUCCUUGGUAUGAAACACGAUCCAAUGGUUCACUCCAUAGACCAUGAAAACUUCCCAAGUCAAGACAAAGAAAUCGAAGCUUUUCAACGACAGGUAACUCAAAGAUUUCUUGAUUUAGCUUCAGUUGAUUCGAAUGAGCUUUUGUCUGUUUCUUGGAUUUCCAACCUCCUUGAUGUUUUCCUCUGUUGUCAAGAGGAAUUCAAAGCUAUAUUGUUCAACAACAAGUCUGCUUUGAGUAAACAGCCCAUGGAUAAACUUGUUUCUGAUUAUUUCGAAAGGAGUGUAAAGGGUUUGGAUGUUUGUAACGCCAUUAGAGAUGGGAUUGAGCAGAUCAGACAAUGGCAGAAGCAAUUGGAGAUUGUUUUAUGUGCUUUAGAUAAUCAGAAAAGUCUUGGAGAAGGUCAAAUUAGACGAGCGAAGAAGGCUUUGAUCGAUUUAGCAAUUGGGAUGCUUGAUGAUAAAGAAUCAUCAAGCACGAAUCUUUCUCACAGAAACCGAUCGUUUGGCCGUUAUCAAAAGGAUUCACAACGACACAAGUCUUUGAAGCAUUUCAGAUCAUUAUCUUGGAGUGUUUCAAGAUCUUGGUCAGCUUCAAAACAGCUGCACGCAAUUGGGUACAACAUUGUUCCCCCGAAAACUAAUGAAAUCAUCGCCACCAAUGGGCUUUCGAUGGCUGUUUAUACAAUGAGUUAUGUCUUCUUAUUCGUGAUGUGGGCUUUAGUGGCUGCGAUUCCUUGUCAAGAUCGCGGGUUACAAUCCCAUUUCAAUGUGCCCAAGAAUUUCAUCUGGGGUGCGCCAAUCCUCUCGUUGCAUGAAAGGAUUUUGGACGAAUCCAAGAAAAGGGAAAGGAGAAACACUUGCGGGCUUUUGAAGGAGAUUCAUGGGAUUGAAAAAUCAGCUCGUUAUAUGAACGAACUGACUGAUUCAGUUCAGUUUCCGUUCGGGGAAGAAAAGGAACAAGAGGUCAAGAAACGAGUAGAGGAGUUGAGGAUUGUUUAUAGAGAUUUAAAGAACGGAUUGGAUCCGUUGGAGAAACAAGUGAGGGACGUAUUUCAUCGGAUAGUAAGAAGUAGAACCGAAGGACUUGAUUCGAUUGCAAGAGGCAAUGAAUGAUCAAUGGUUUGAGUUCUCUUCAAAUCCAUUUGUAUUUGGUCUAUUAGAUCAUUGUGUUGUGAAAAUAGAAAUAAAAAAAGUCUUUUUGUGCAAGAACUAGGGAUCUUGAACACAUUAUGAAUAUGUAAAUGUUAAAAACCACUAUAUAUUUGGCAUUUUGUUCUAAAUGUAGUGUUUUCUUUUUGACCUCAUUGCAACAAUGAUGGUUUGUUUUCGUGUAAAAUGCCAACGUAACGGUUGAAAAGCUCAAUAAUCGGGCGUUUUUG